GUUGUCACCAGCAGCUUCACCAUCCUCCCACAUCACAACACUGAAUCUGUAACUACAACACAAUGGGGCUGUAAUGUCACCGGCGAGCGAGACUAGAGCAUCUUCUCAAGUGUACUGAAUCUGUGUAUGGAUUUAAUGAUGAUGAAAAAGAAGAAAUUCAAGUUCAAGGUGGAUUUUGAGCUGGACGAGCUCUCGUCAGUCCCCUUUGUGAACGGUGUCCUCUUUUGUAAAGUAAGACUACUGGACGGCGGGUUCUCCGAAGAGUCUUCUCGAGAGCCAGUGCAGGCCAACUGUGUUCGAUGGAGGAAACGGUUCUCUUUCCCCUGCAAGAUGAGUGCCAAUGCAGGGACAGGUGUACUGGACCCAUGUGUGUGUCGUGUGUCUGUCAGAAAGGAGCUGAAGGGUGGGAAGACAUAUGCAAAGCUUGGUUUUGCAGAUCUGAAUUUAGCAGAGUUUGCCGGCUCAGGGAAUACAACCCGCAGAUGUCUGCUGGAAGGCUACGAUACCAAAAAUACUCGCCAGGAUAACUCCAUUCUCAAGGUCAUCAUCAGUACACAGCUCAUGUCAGGGGAUCCCUGUUUUAAAACGCCUCCCUCCACAGCCACAGUGAUCGGGAUCCAGGGUGAUGGAGAAAGCCUGCUGGAGGAGAGGAGGGGAGGGGAUUCACAAAAAGGCUGUUCUGCAGAGAGUCGAGAAGGGAAGUGUCCUGUUGUUUCCGAUGAGAUUGGGGGCUGCGGCCACUCCCGAACAUCCAGCUACGCCAGCCAACAGUCCAAACUCUCAGGCUACAGCACAGGUCACUCCCGCUCCUCUAGCAUGUCAGAGUUCAGCCACCGGAGAAACCAUUCAGUGGGCAGUGCCUCAACGGGUAUCGGCAGCAUCCCAGAGCCUUGUGAGGACCGGGAAAGAGAGUCCAGACCCCGUCCUGCUCUACCUGAACACCCAGUUCCCACCGCCACCACUAGCAACCCAGCGGGUACACCAGUACGGAGCGCCUCAUCCUGUGAACGACUCAACAGACACCCAGUGAAGCAGGACUCCAUGGAGUCUCAGCUAAAGAGAAUGGACGACACACGUGUGGAUGCUGAUGAUGUUGUGGAAAAGAUUCUCCAGAGUCAAGACUUCACACCCAGCCUACUAGACUCCAGUGCUGAAGAGGAAGGCUUGCGUUUGUUUGUUGGUCCUGGGGGAAGCACAGCCCUUGGAAGCCAUCACCUUCCCACCAGGGUUGGUGGUGGAGCGUAUGAGCAAGUGGUGAUAAAGCGUUAAACCCACAGCCUGUCACAGGCGGACUGACACUGCUUACAUCAUAAAAACUGAUGCAAGGCUGUGUUCAUUUUAAUCUGCAUUCCUACAGCACACACGUUACCUGAUCAGCACCGUGUCUGACCUAAUUACUCUGAACAGUAGACAUUACAACAGUGCACUCCUGUGUUUAAAUCUCCUCCAUGACACUGUAGCUCCCUGAUAGAUUUUUAAGAGCAAGAGGUAGACAGUUAUAAUCUCAGUGUAAACACACAGAUGUGAAUUAAGAGAGAAGGAACACUGACCAGAUCGUUCAAAACAUUUCACUGAAACUGUCCACUCCUGGGUGUAGAAACCAAACCCAUUUUAAACUGUUAGGAAGUAGAAGGAAACUUUCUAAUGGGAGGACACCAGGACAGACUGCGUGUGAAUCAGAAUGAACUGAAAUCUACACUGAAGAGGAGUAUGCUAUGCGUUUUCAAUACAUUCCUUUUGUCUCUGUGUUUGUUUUGGACGUACUUUUCAAAUAGGACGUUCUAUUUAAUAUUUGCCCAUAAGCUGCUAAAAAGCUAUAGUUGUUGGCAGUCUGACAACUGUUGGCGUUUUGAAGGUGAGAAUAUUUUACUACAAAGACAAGGCAUCAGACAUCAGAGGGCUGUGAGUGAGUCAGUGUGUGUCUGCUAGACACAACACCACUUUUAUUAGUAACAGUUAUUAGGUAAGUAAUGCUAUUAUGGGUACUUGCAAAGACAAAGCGUGAGAACAUGACAGUUUGUUUGUCCAUGGUCGCACCCCCUUGAGCUCUGGCAUACCAAUCAUUGCUGGUUGGCAUAAAACACCGUUACCUGUUCACCAGCACAGGAAUGUCGCCACAGGCAGUAAAAACUUUGUUACACUGCGAAUACAGAGAGAUUUAACAGGUGGCGAUAGGCUUAGGUAACUAUCUCAGCAGGUCUCAGUAACUUCCAUCUUUUCUUAGGAAAACUACCUUUAAACCACAUAUUUUAAAUGUUUUAAAAUAGUAAAUUAUGUUGAUUUCAAUAUAAAUAUAUUAAUAGGUGUACAGACACCCAGCAAACAGAUCCAUUUAAUUCCUAUAAUCUAUAAAUAAUAAAAAUAAAGUUUAUUUUCUUAAAGUAGUUUAAAAGGAAGAGAAAGCUGAAAGAAUACACUGUUGAUAUAUACAGCGUUUUCCCCUCAAAGAUCAUUUUCCAAAUGCAGAGUGCAGCUUCUGCUUUUUUGUUUUCCUUUUUUUCCUCCAGGUGUUAUGUAGGUCCUAUGGCAUUGAUUUUUAGGGGUAAAAUAAUCAGCCUAAAAUGUACAAAUUAAGAUAUAUAGCUUCUGUUAGUAACGCAGUUUGCCAGCCCUCUAAUUUAUUGCUUCUGUAAGUUAUUUCUCUCUGCCUUUGUAGGACAGUGAAUACAGAGAUAAUAGGGGCUUCUAUGAUGAACAUUGAAGAGCAUUUGUCUAAUGCCCAGCAUCUCUGUUACGUAUCUAUUGUGUACCUGCUAGUGUUGUAGUCAAGACCAAGACCAGAGUUUAUCGAGACUGAGACAAGACCAAGACUUUUAGGGGCUGAGAGCAGUCGAGACCAAGACCGAGGGAGGGCGAGACCGCAUCAAGACCAAGACCAG